UAUGUUUCUCUAAGUUUGCUGAUUUCUUAUAUGUAAAACUCUAUACGGCUAAUAGCAAAACACAAGAUUCUAAAAGAAGGGGCGUUCCGAGAAUCGAACUCGGGACCUCUCGCACCCAAAGCGAGAAUCAUACCACUAGACCAAACGCCCGCGUUGACAAAAGGAAUUGAUAACAACAACUUGUACUUUUAGUGCUAGACGUUACAAGUGAAAAAGAUUAGACACUUAAAUCGACUAGGGUUGGUUCAUCUACCUACUGAUCAGCUAUUCAGAGCAUCUAUCUGAGUUUAACCAGUUUGUGUUUCGACAUACUCAGGGACAUAUUACAAUGUCGGACAAGACGAAGGGAAGGAAAGAGGAGGUGGUGACCAGAGAGUACACCAUCAACCUUCACAGACGCCUUCAUAGCUGUACAUUUAAGAAGAAGGCACCAAAGGCGAUCAAGGAGAUAAGGAAGUUUGCAGAGAAGGCAAUGGGGACAAAGGAUGUGAGAGUGGAUGCGAAGCUGAACAAGCAGAUUUGGAGCAGAGGUAUCAGAGGUCCUCCUAGAAGGAUUAGAGUCCGAGUUGCUCGCAAGAGAAACGAUGACGAAGAUGCAAAGGAAGAGUUCUUCUCUCUUGUCACUGUUGCUGAAAUCCCUGCCGAGGGACUUAGUGGCCUUGGCACUAAAGUCAUUGAUGAAGAGGAUUGAACAUUCUUGUAAUCAUAUUUUUGUUCUCUCAUUUUGUAGUGACGUUGACUCAGUAAUACAGUUUAUUAGAGAACAUUUCAGAGCCUUGUGUCAUGGUCAAUGAUAUAUAUUACAAUCGAUUAGUAAGUAGACCUUUGGCUUGUGUCGUUUGUCCUCCUACUGUUUCGAUAGACCUUGUCAAUGAUUUAUUUGAGUAUUUUUUUUCUUUCUCAUUGUAGGACUUGGGAGUCAUCUCACUUUGAUGCCUCUUUAAUCGAGUGAUAUUAUUUCAGGGAACUGUUAACAGUUUAUUUUCAUAGCCAUGUCAAGAAAAGACUUCCCAAGUAUUAUGAAGGCAAAAAUAUCAUUGCUUGAUGGAUCGAUCUUGUAAAGAGAAGAUCAAGAAUGAAGUCAUGCAAGAGCUGCGGAAGCCAUUUGAAUAAGAGGGGGCAAAAAGAGUACAUCGCCAAAUUAACACAAUC